AUGGCCAACAAAGGGAAACUGUCUUACCUGAAAAAGGAAAAAGACAAAAGAAGCAAAUUCAAAUGGUGGCCGUUGGAUCUCAACAAUCACAGCUCCCUCUUCCUGAAGCAAGCCACUGAAGUUGGGCUCCGUCGGACCGUAACACCUAGGAGGGGCUUGGUCUCAAAUUUUGGGACCCUAAAUAGCUGA